AUGGUAGAAGGCAGUUUCACCCAAGUCAAUCGGCGACUUGAAGACGAGCGUCGCGCCAAGUUCUGCGGUACUGCCAGCAUCAGUAUAUCGUCAUUGAAGCCAACGCCGAGGACGGCGGACCGCGUUCGUCGGCCCGUUUCCGAACCGCUCAAGAGGUUAUACCGAGAGGAGCAUGGGUGCCGACAAGAAGAUCAUCGACACCAUGCAAAGGCGACAAUCAGUCAAUUCGACCUGGAAGCCGCCCUGAUGAACGCAGGGAUCACGGCCUCUCGGCUCCAGAGCGAUGCGUUGCCCUACCCAGUUCUCGGGCUACCGCCUGGUGUACAGCUCGAAUGCCUCCAGGGGUCAGAUCGUAUCAUGGCAGCCGACGACGUGUUCGACGGGGCGGACAAGCAUUGGACAGUCGACCUGUAUCUAGACGGUGCGUUCGCAAGGCAGACACCGCGGUGGAGCCCGCUGACGUUACAGAGAUCUGAGCGACGAUCUGCGGACGCUUUUUGUCGAAGAGUAUGA